CGCAUCUGUCACCACAUUUCCCAUAAGACGUCGCGGAAGGCGACGUCAUUAUUCUGCGCAGAGCUGAGGUGGCAUUUGUUGGGAGGUCUCUUCGUUGUUGAGACUUCCAUCAUGACUAAACUUCUGCAGUGGCUGCUCGGGGUCUCGCUACUAGGCGCUAUAUGGACUGUGGUCGCUUUCGACCUGCUGGAGCUCGGCCUCCCCCGGACCUACAGGGAGGUGGCCUGGCCCAUGCCUCUCUACCUGCUGGUUUCGUUCGGCUGCUACUCCCUGGCCACGGUGGGCUACCGGGUGGCCACCUUCAACGACUGCGACGAGGCGGCCAGAGAACUGCAGGAGCAGAUCAAGGAAGCCAAAGAUGACCUGAAGAAAAAGGGGUUAAGGAUGUAAGAUAAUUAUAAGGAACUGUAGAAACUGUGGAGACUGAAGCGUUUUUUUGUUGUUUUUUUUUCUCUGAGAGACAACAGUUACAAAGCGGGAUGUAUAUAAAAUCUGUUGCUUUUGGAUGAUCUUGGAGCUUCUUUGUAGUCAGCAGGUGCGAUCUGAACAUAAAUUACAGACUGUAACCGGUUCUGGUCAUUGUCAGGUUUUUCCUGCCAGAACGUUGGCUUAAAGUGACCAAACGAGUAUUUUGUGUUGAAUAGAGAUCCAUAAAUACAGUCAAAUUAAAGCAAGACCUUUCUGUAAAAUCAAAUUCCCUUUCAAUAUUGUUUGUCGCCUAUUUUAUGACAUGUCAUGGUAAUUUUUUGCAUCUGUAUGGUUUUAAAUAUUUAUUUUAUUAAGGUAAAACCUAUCCUCCUGAGAACAAGUGACCCUGCACACUUGCUUCUGAUGACAUCACAUAAGGCAUAAAGAAACCAAUCAGGGUUCUUUUGAAUAUGUCCGUUUUAGAGAUGCACUGAUUAGUGUUUUCCUGACCUAUUUUUUCCCCUUUUGUUUCCCCUUACAAAUUAUAACACAUAAGUGGAAACAAAAACAAUGUUUUGGUUAAUGUUUUCUAUAAUAAUAAUCAAAAAGAAAAUGUACACUGUGGUCUGAUUUACUCUUUCUCACAAAAGAGAAACAUUCUGAUCAGAUUUGGUUAUUUACUUUAUUUUUGUAGACUUAAACACUUAAAAGAGAAAAAAUAUAUUCUUUUCCUUUUUUGUACUUUUUUAGAACUUUAAAAGAGCACCAUAUACUAGUCAGUUCUUUCUUUCUGAGGACUUUAAACAUAAAGAGUGUGUAAGAGUUUUUAAGGCAAAGGAACUACAUGGUACCUCCAUUUACACAUCGAAGCUUAUGUCCCUGAUGUUAAUGAGAUUUUUUUUUUUUAUGGACUAAAACCAAAUAAGAAAUUUAACGCACAUGCUGCUGGGUAAGCUUAGAGACGACCCAACCCACAGCAUGCUCUUAGUUUUGAUACAUUUAAUGAAUAGAUUUCUGUGUUGCUAUUGCGAUAUUGCAUAUAUUAAUAAUGUGAUUGUUGUUCAUAUCUUCUUAAGGAUACUUUUGUUUGGGUCUUGUUGCCCGUAUACGAAAUACAUCAUUUAAAACUUCUAACAUAUUACUGAAAUUCCGGUAAUCAAAUUUAUUUUUAAUUAAAUUAAACCGUCCUAUUUAAAGGUGGAAUUUAGUUUUUCUCUGUAUUUAAGAGCUGAGUGCUUGUCAGAGCAAAUGGACUUAGAUAUUACCUGUACAUGUGUACAUUCCUCUAUUCAGUAUCAGAAAUGUGCCCUUGAGAUGUUGCUGUGCAUUAAAUGGAAGUUUAUUUUCUCA